AUGCCUCCAAAGAGGGAGAAAAAGAAAAAAUCAAACUAUACUAAGAUGGGGAAACCCGAUAAAACAGCAAACUUGGAACCCCAGGACCAAAUUCCUGACCAAAAGUCGUUUUUUUAUUCGAUUCCAAAUCCGAAAUUUAUCACUUCUUUUUUGGCACUCUUAAAGAAGAAUUUAAUUGUUCGUAGACGCACAUCAUCCACAUUUGUCACUAUGUUUUUAGUUCCUUUCUUUAUUUUGCCACUAACAAAUAUAGAUUUGGAUGAAAAACCAUCAUUUAGCGAUAUUAGGCGUCCAGUUGCCCAAGAUUAUUAUUCAGCUGUUAAUAAUAUAUCAAUGUCUCUUGAAAAAAGGUCAAAAAACGCGUUCGGACUUGCUCCUAACACAAAAGAAGUUAAAUCGAUGUUUAAUAACUUUCAAAUUAAACCACAUUAUUACAAUUCAACAUAUUUCAUGGUAAAUGCAUUCUAUAAAUACGAUACAGCCGCCGGAUAUUAUUUUUGGAAUUCCAAAGCGCCUGAUUUCUGUAUAAACCCAGAAGUAGCUGUAGCAACAAAAGACUUCAAAGAUAACUCAGUAGAAUCAAUGAUAGUUGUUCUUUACGAAAGAAUUUCAAGUUUUUGUAAUUUCACAACGAAUGUCAUCUUCCAUCACAAACAAUAUGCCGGGAAAGUCAUCGAUUACAAGUUUACAGCAGAUAAUAUCAUCGCAACUUACAUGAUGCUUCCAAUAAUUUCACUUCUUGGUACAGAAGCCAGUUUUCUGAUGAAAGAUCGCGCAAAUGGUUUUAUUAACUCACUUUACCUUGGUGGCUGCAGCCGUUUCGUGUUUUGGUCAGCAACAAUUGUCACAUCAAUUAUUUGUUGCCUUCCAGCAUGUUUAAUCAUGUCAUUUUACCUUACAUCCGAAAGUAUUCUCAUUGAUUCAGAUAUGUCCGUAAUUUUCGUAUUCUUUUUCUUAUUUUCAAUUUCGAGCACUUUUUCAGUAUUUUUAUUGAGUUUAGCAGUCAACAAUGAUGAAAGCCAAAGGAGUGUGAAGCUCCCGAUGACUGUAGUAUCAAUGCUUUUCUCAAUUGUCAGUGGAUUUUUGAAGACAAAUCAAUCCGAGUUUUUCAUCACAGUUUUGACAUUAUUUUUCCCUCAAAUCGCAUAUACGCAAGGAUUAACCAGCGUUUUCGCGUCUUACAGGUACCAGGGACCAGUAACAUGGAAUAAUUUUUAUAGUGGUGAUAAUUAUGCGAUGACGCAUAACGCAAUAUUGUUAGUAUACUCAAACAUAUUCUAUGCGAUGUUAUUUUUUAUAAUUAUUUUGUAUCAAGAAACUCAUUUCGUUCCUGAUCGUAUUAAAGCGUUGUUGACGAGCCAUCCUCGUGACUACUUCAAGAAUGACUCAAUAGUACUCAAAGCGACAGGUCUUAGAAAGAAUUACGGAGAAAUUAAGGCAUUAAACGGAGUAAACUUCGAAUUAGAGCCUGGCGAUGUUGUUGCCAUUAUUGGCCCUAACGGUAGUGGCAAGAGUACAUUGAUUGGAACGAUGACGAACACAUUAGUUGCAGAUGACGGCAGAAUUUCACUUUUCGGACAUGAUUCAACAGACGUUUAUUCAGGAUUUGAAGAGAUCAAGCAAUGCAGCGGUGUCUGUUUCCAAGGAAACACAAUUGUCCCGGAGCUUUCCAUUCGCGACCACUUGUCACUUUUUGGAACAAUUCGUGGACUCACUCCUGAACAGAUUAUAGACAGAACAGACCUAUUACUGUCAUCCCUUCAGCUUACAUCGAUUGCCGAGAUGCAAUCCCUCAAUCUUUCCGGUGGACAAAAGCGAAAACUUUGUAUUGCGAUCGCAUUACUUUCGAAACCACCAAUUAUCGUGUUAGAUGAACCUACAGCAGGUGUAGACUUCGAGGCAAGACAGAAUAUCUGGAAAGUUCUUGCUUCUCAGAAAGAAUCUGUUUGUAUGAUUACAUCACACGCUUUGGAAGAAAGUGAACAAGUCUGCAACAAAAUAUUUGUUAUGUCGAAAGGAGAAAUCAAAAAGAAAGGGUCUGCAACUGAAUUGAGAUCGAUAUUUAAAUGUGGAUAUGUUUUGAGAGUUGUUAAUGAAGAAUAUGAUAAAGAAGGGUUCUUGGCAAUGCUUAGAUCUGUUAUUGAUGGUGUAACUAUUGAGAAAAAGAAGAAUAACACGUAUCACAUUCCAAUUGUUGAAGAUAAAAUUGCAACAUUCGUAAAAACUUUGGAAUCAAGAAUGAGAGAGUUUGGUGUUGAUCAGUUCACUUUUACUAUUGAUGCACUUGAAGAAGUUCUACUUAGAAUUGUUCAGGAGGAAGAUCAGAAUUCUAAUAUUAAAACACGCGGAAAUUAA